CGCCAAGGAUCCCAAGUUCCCAACCCACGCUUUUCUUUUGGCAGAAGCCAAGAAGACUCGUGCUCCGCCCAUCCCCCUCGCCCCCGAAGUCCGCCCCUAGAAGUCGCACUUCCCGUGGUGGCCAUCCUCCUGCUCUGCUUCUCCUCCUUCCUCUUGAUCUCCCUCCUUCUCCAGAUCUCUCUGUAUGGGGAGGGCGCCGUGCUGCGAGAAGGUAGGGCUGAAGAGGGGGAGGUGGACGAGGGAGGAGGAUGACAUCUUGGCCAAGUACAUCAAGGAGCAUGGCGAAGGGUCCUGGAGGUCAAUGCCCAAGAAUGCUGGGUUGCUGAGAUGUGGGAAGAGCUGCAGGCUGAGAUGGAUAAACUACCUGAGAGCAGAUCUUAAGAGGGGCAACAUCUCGGAGGAGGAGGAGGAGAUGAUCAUCAAGCUCCAUGCCACUCUUGGCAACAGGUGGUCCCUGAUCGCCGGCCACUUGCCCGGCCGAACGGACAAUGAGAUCAAGAACUACUGGAACUCGCACCUUAGCAGGAGGUCGCAUGACUUCCCCAAGGGCGGCGAUGGCGUCGUUGUCAACGUCGACCUCAGCAAGCUGCCCGGCGGUGGCAAGCGUAGAGGCGGGAGGGUGGGCCGUGCCACCGCAACGACGGCCAAGGGGAAAAGGAAAGCAAGGGGGAAGAAGGCUGGGAAAGUGAAGAAGGACAAGGUUGCAGAAAUGGAACAUCAUCAUCAUCAUCACAAGGAGGAUGCCACUGAUGAAGAAGCUAUGAACAGCAUUUCAACACCAAGCAGCUGCCAUUCAGGCUCUGCACGGGGCGGCGAGGAGCAAGCACAGGCCAGUGCCAGUGGGGUGACAUCUGAUGGGUUCGACGAGGCUCCACUGGGCUUGUGUGAGGAGAUGGUGAGUGGGCUUAAAGCCCAACCGAGCCCACAUACGGAGGUGGGGCAGGACGUGUCAGGCAACGAGGGGGAGAGUGCGCCAGAGAAGACCGUGCGCCACGAGGAGCUAAGCAGCAGCAAGGCCGCCGUCGUGGAGCAGGACCAGCAUGGGUGUUGCAAUGAGGGCGAGUGUGGGACUAGUGGGCCAGCCAAGGUUAUGGGCCAGGAGGAGCUGGGUGAUAAGGCCAUGGACUGCGACCAUAAUGGGUGUUGCGACAAGGAAGAAAGUGAGCCUGCGGAGGCUGUGGGCCUUGAGGAGCCGGUGGACGACAAGGCCAUGGAAUGGGACCUCGUGGGGCUGGAUGACAGCUUACCCACCGAUGACAUGUGGGGAUCACUUGUGUGGGACUACGACGAUAUGGUGAUCUCGGACGGAGGCCAGCAACAGGAGUCCGUGCUGUCGGACCUGUUCUUUCUAGAUAACAUUUAGAUCGGGCAUGGUUGAUUCUGUGUAUUAUCCUCUCUUGGGUUUUUAGAAAAACUUUUGAUUUUUUUUAUUGGAGUAGAGUUUUAUGUACCUGGUGAAUGAGUUAGUCAAGUACUUCGGUGGCGUUGGGCGCUGGGUCUUUUGUUGGUCUUACCGAUGGAAAGAAGAAAAUGUAGAAAAAUAAAUCCUGUUGUUCCACAUUCAAAA